UUAUUUUUCUGUCUUUUAGAUAACCAUUUCUGGAAGAGUUUGGCGCGUUUUUGAAUAGUUAAUACUGUAAAUACAACCGAUCAUCGGCAUCUCAUCUAUAAAGAAAUCCAAGACAGAACUCACCAAUCUAUCUCUCUGCCGCUCGGUCUCUCGCUCUCUUUCUCUAUCUCGUUACUGCUGUUGUUGAGUUUAGUGCCCAACGAAGAUUAUCAUCGCCAAUACAUCCAGUGCUGUGAUUAAGCUCCAACUGUACGAGGAAUAUCCAAUGCAAGGAGUUCAAACAACCACAACGGUGAAACGUACGCAGGGACCGAAUAAUGGCCAACAUGUCGGUGAUGAAGUCAUCUCGCCAGUUAUGGAACCCUUUAAGACGAUGUAAUAAAGACAAUACCAGAGAGGUGUCCACAGUUUUAACAGAAAGAAAACCAAAUUUGUGUCCUUUGGUAAAAGAUAAUACAAAACCGAAACAGUUCGAAGAUGUACCAGGUCCACGAAAUGUACCUGUCAUUGGUACGUUGUGGCAAUAUUUACCUGGAGGGCGAUUUUUCAAAUUAGACGAAGCAUAUGCGCUGACCAAAUUACAAAGUGAAUAUGGCAAUGUAGUUCGUGAAAAUCUCUUUGGCACCCAGCUUGUUCGGUUGUUUGACCCUGCUGACUUUGUCACCGUCUUUUCCAGUGAACACAAGUCACCCAAGCGUCCUGGAUUUGAAAUGAUGUCAUAUUAUAACGACACAUAUAACAAUGGUAAACAUGGCCUUCUCACCAGAGUCCUUCGGAAAAAACUAAAUACCCAUACGUCGUAUUCGACGGGAGAGUCCAUCAUAUAUACAGGGGUGGCCAAAAGUCACCGCAUAUUACCUUGGUAUAAAUUAAUUAACACACCUACAAUGAAGGUAUUCAGUGAAUCGAUAUCUUCUAUACGAUAUUUAUCAAAAGUCUAUUCAAGAGCAUCAGUUAUCCUUCAAAAUUCCUUAACAGUCCAUGAUGCGCCUCUGCUCCGACCUAUUCUGCCUCUAGAUGACGAAGAAUUUAUUGUUUUUAUCAGCGACAUGCUCUUCGCAAGUGUAGACACGACAGGCCACAGUCUUGCAUUUCUGCUGUACCAAUUAUCAAAAAACCAACACGUUCAAGAGAAACUUUACGCAGAAGUCAAAGACUUUGGUCAGAGUCCAGAGACAUUAUCAGCUGAUAUUCGAUCAAUGUCUUACCUGAGAUCUGUGAUAAAAGAGACUUUAAGAAUAACGCCGGUGGUGCCAUCUCUUGGUAGAUUUAUCACAAAAGAUAUCCAGUGUUCCGGUUACCAAAUACCAGCUGGGACGAUGGUGUCUCUUCACCAUGGCUGGACCGGAAAACAGAAAAAGUACUUUGACAAUCCUGAGGAUUUCCGACCGGAACGUUGGUUAGAGAAGCGCCCCAACUACCAUCCCUACUCAUUUCUUCCGUUUGGUUUCGGAGCCCGGGCAUGUGUUGGUCAGAGAAUUGCUUUACAGGAAUUAUCGUUGGCUGUGGUAAGGAUUUUGCAGAGAUAUGAAGUAACUUUCUUAUACGAAGAUCUUCAAAUAGAAUACAAUAUCGUGAGCAAACCAACGGUUAAACUCAGCUUUAAGUUUACAGACCGUCUGUCGAAACCAUCAAGAGUGAGUGCUUCGUAAAGGUUGAAUCACUAUUAAUAAAGGCAACGAUCAAGAGAGAAAGAUGAACAGCAUUGGAGUUUAGAACCGUUUUACGAAUUCCUUUCAAUGAAAGGAUCUGUUAAUAAGUUCUAAAAAAUAUCCAAAUUAAAACGUGAAAAUAUCCGGAUAUCUACGUCUUUUUCUAAAGCCGAAAUAUGAAGUGAAACAAGGAGAACGGAGAAGGAGGGAAGAUAAAGAAAGAACGAAAGAAAGAUGGCGAUCCCAGUGUGUCGUCUGCGUGGAGGUGUCAACGUGUAAACACAUCUAACCUCAAAUACAUACAAAGAAAUCAUUUAUAAUUUAAGAUGAAUAUGAAUAAUAACAAACGUUUAUUAAUAAUAACAUUAACAAUUAUUUAAGUAGUAACUGGAACGAACGAUAAAACAUAUAAAUACGUCAUUAUAUUGCCGUAAUUUCGAUGAUUGAAAUUACUGCCGUUGCUAAUUUUACGUUACAUUCUAAUUUCGAUUUUGCUAUGUAUAUAUUGACAAGCAUGUACGUGUGUGUGUGUGUAUGUGUGUGUGUGUGUGUGUGUGUGGGUGUGGUUGUGAUGUACGUAACAUUAACACAUAACAUCAUCACUUACCAUGUAUGUAUACCAAAAUGUUUUGAGGGUUUUUUUUAAUUUUAUUUUAUUUUCAUUUUUUUAUUUCGAGGGGAAAGGGUCCAUGAGGGAGGGCCUGGGAGAGCAGUCGUGACUAUGCGGAUAAGAGGUUUGCUUCAGCACAAUAUGGUUCCGCGUUCGAUCCUUCAGCGGCGCGAUAACUUUACUACCAUAACUUCAGAUAGACCAAUGCCUUGCGAAUGGAAUUUGGAAGGCACAACGCAUAUAUGGAAUUAUUCAUCAUCGUCAUAUAUAUAUAUAUAUAUACACACACACACACACAAACAUAUAUAUGCAUAUAUAUACAUAUAUAUAUACACACACACGCACAUAUAUGUAUAUAUAUAUAUAUAUAUAUAUAUAUAUAUGUAUGUAUAUGUAUAUAUAUGUAUCUUUUUUUAUCCUUGUCUCAGUCAUUAGACUGCGGCCAUGCUGGGACAUUGCCUUGAAGAAUUUUAGUCUAACAAAUCAACCCCGGUACUAAUCUUUUUCGUUAAACCUAGUAAUUAUUGUAUUGGGGGUUUAUUUUUUAAUUUUUAUUUUUUGCCGAACUGCUAGGUUACGGGGAUGUAAACACACCAACACUUGUUGUCAAGCAUUGGUGGGGGAUACACACACACAGAUAUAUAUAUAUAUAUAUAUAUAUAUAUAUAUGUGUGUGUGUGUGUGUGUGUGUGUGUGUGUGUACACGUGUGUGUACACGUGUGUGUGUGUGUGUGUGUACACGUGUGUGUGUGUACACGUGUGUGUGUGUGUGUGUGUACACGUGUGUGUGUGUGUAAUAAUAUAAAUAAUAUAUAAACAUAUGCAUAUAUCCAUACAUAUAUGUACAUAUCUACAUCUAUAUGUAUACAUACAUGCAUAUAUGGGUACAGGACAUUAAAAAAAACGUUAAACACAAUGAGAAACGAAAACAUAGAAAACGAACAUUUUUCGAACAACGAAAAAAACAAACAGAGAAACGAGACAUGCAACAUAGAGAGUAUACCCCUUCGUCAGUUGUCCCUACGCCCAAGCACAUACUGGGUGUAUGUGCGUCUUUUGGCUGCCGAUAUGUAAAAACAAAAGUUGCAAAUUUCGGAAAGAAAUCUGAACAACUUUUGGUUAAAAUUAACUUGUCCACCGAAUUAUACACAGAAUCCUUUGUCACUGAUGCCAUCAUAAAACCAGUGAAGCAGUAACAGGCUAACUGGAAACCUGUAACCAACGGUACUAUUGCUUACAAAAUAUAGAAUAUUCUUCUUCUUUUUUUUAAAAUAGAAAAGUAAGUCGCAUUUCUAGUCAGAUUGUAGAAACGUUGUAAAGUGCAGUGGUAGUUCCUAAGUAAUCUUUAAGCCCUUCAUGAAACAAGACCAGUAAUUUUGAGGGGAAGGAGUCCAUCGAUACUACGAUACUAGUAUUUCAUCGACUGCCCACAUUGUGAUUUGAGCUCAGAUUGUAAACACUAAUGUAAGGAAUUCAUUUCAACCUUACAUUGCUCCGAAUCAUGAUAUUCUUAGAGAAAUAGUGAAGGCGCCGAGCUAGAUGAAUCGUUAGAACGCCAGACAAAAUACCCAGUGGCGUCUAAUCUGUCUUUAUGUUCCCAAUUCAAAUGCCGCUGGGGGUCGACUUUCCCAUUCCUCCUUUCGGAGUCGAUAGAAUAUGCACCAGUGUAAUACUACGGUUGAUGUAAUCGACUUACCCGCCCCGACCCCUCGAAAUUGCUUACUUUACUCCUUUUACUUUGUUUCAGUCAUUUGACUGCGGCCAUGCUGGAGCACCGCCUUUUAGUCGAGUAAAUCGACCCCAGAACUUGUUUGGAAGCCUAGUACUUAUUCUAUUGGUCUCUUUUGCCGAACUACUAAGUUACGGGGACGUAAACACACCACCAUCGGUUGUCAAGCGAUGCUGGGAGGACAAACACAGACACACAAACAUAUACACACACAUACAUACAUACAUACAUAUAUAUACAUAUAUACGACGGGCUUCUUUCAGUUUCCGUCUACCAAAUCCACUCACAAAGCUUUGGUCGGCUCGAGGCUAUAGUAGAAGACACUUGCCCAAGGUGCCACGCAGUGGGACUGAACCCGGAGCCAUGUGGUUGGUAAGCAAGCUACUUACCACACAGCCACUUUGCGCUUUGUGCCAAAAUUUGAAAUCAUUAUUAGAGAAGUGGUGAUGUUUAAACCUUUCGAAAGAUCAGUUGUAGCGUCUGUGAAAUGAAGAUUUCUGACGGAGAUUCGAAAAUGACCCACGAGAUUAGACUUGCGAGGGAUUUUACAACCCCAUCACAGUACUUCUUUUCACUUUUGUAAUAUUUUCUCUUACAUUAAGGCAACGAGCUGACAGAAUCGUUGAGCACGCCGGUAAAAAUGCUUAGCAAUAUUUCGUUCGUCUUGGCGUUCUGAGUUCAAGUCCCACCGAGGCCGAUGUUUGCCUUACGUCCUUUUGGGAUCCAUAAAAUAAGUACCAGUUGAUCACUGGGGUCGAUGUAAUCGACAUUCCCCUUCAAAUUGCUAACCUUGCAAGAAGGCAGGCUUAUUUUCUAAGAAAAUGUGAUGUGAUGGUUCUUAUCAUUUUCCAGUGAUAUCAGCGAGAAGUACAACAGAAUGGUUCGGUUUAUGGGCUCGGUUCAAGAAGAACUUCACAGUUCUCAACGCCACUUGCCUAGGAAACCAGAAUAUUCAUAGAAAACUCAUUCCCAACAAUGACACAGGGUGACAUAUUUUGUAGGAAGAGGCACUUAGCCUAAAGUGCAAUCUCAUUGCAUUACUGGUAUUUAUAUUUUUCGACUCUGGAUUGACGUAAAGCGAAGUCGUCUAUGGUGGCGUUCAGUGACGUAGUUAGAGUGUGUGCCAUCUGAAGUAAACCCUUGUAUUUGCAACCCAUCCCGCACCCUUGCAAUGUAACUUUUACGAGGGGGCACCGAAAAGUUCCUGGCUUUGGGUAAAAGAAAAUACAGGAGAAUCAGUUAAUUAUGAUUUUAUUCAACAUAUUCCCCUCUCAGAUUCACACACUCAUGGCAGCCGUCUCUCAGAUUUUCUAGACCCUGUAAAAGGACUCGGAAGUUUGGACCUCCAACCAGGCCCUUCGCGAUAUUCUUAAAGCCAGGAACUUUUCAGCACUUCCUUGUACAGCCUUAUACAACUGACCCAAAAGCACCGCCCCAUAAAAUCAUCGUCUGAUACAGACUACCCUCUAUACACACACACACAUAUAUACACUUCGUGCCUCCCUCUAGCUACGAUACCGGUGACGUUGAAGAUAGAAGGCUACAUCUAGAAACAAGGUUUUUUAGGCAGGUUGCGUCUAUUUUUUUCUGUCAAUUUCCUGGGUUGUUAUAAUGUCAUGCCAAGAUGGAAAAUAGCCAUAUUAUUGCAAGGCAAACAGAAUAUUAAUCCUGUAACCAUGACAAAAGUACUGACCUCAAUAACACAUUUGUUUUUUUAAAAAUACCAUCUCUAAACCAUCUCCUCUGUAUGAAUGACUUCAAACUAUAUACAAGGUACAAUAAACAUCCUGUUUGAAAAGCUA